AACCCCACAAUAAGCCCUCCUCCUUCCAAAGGAUAACCAACCAUCAGAAAAUUAAGGGGCGACGAAGCCAUGGGAGGACGCCGACGACGACGACAGCGGUCCCGACCGCCGGUGGCCACGGCGGCGAUGGGUUCGAAACCGCCGGUUCAGAUCCGGUCCGUGUGGGCCGACAAUCUCGACCGCGAGUUCGCCCUGAUCCGGUCGGCCGUUCGGCGGUACCCGUACGCCGCCCUCGACACGGAGUUCCCCGGCAUGGUCCACCGAUCGGCGAAGCACCCGUUCCUCCUCUCCCCCGGCGAACGUUACGCCCUCCUCAAGGCCAACGUCGACGCCCUCCAUCUCAUCCAGCUCGGCCUCACCCUCUCCGACUCCGCCGCUGGCGCCGCCUGCCUCGUCUGGGAGUUCAAUUUCCGCGAUUUCGACCUGCGCCGCGACCUCCACGCCCCGGAGUCCAUCGAGCUCCUCCGCUCCCACGGCAUCGACUUCGACGAGAUCCGCGCCCGGGGGAUCGAUUCCCGCCGCUUCGCCGAGCUCUUCGUCUCGUCGGGUCUCGUCCGGGCCGGAGCGGUGACCUGGGUGACCUUCCACAGCGCCUACGACUUCGGCUACCUGAUCAAAACUCUGACCCGCUCCGAUCUGCCGGCGAGAUUGGAGGAUUUUCUCCGGCUGUUUAGGGUUUUCUUCGGGGACCGGGUGUUCGACAUCAAGUACAUGAUGAAGUACUGCGAUAGCUUGUACGGAGGGCUGGAUCGGGUGGCGAGCAUCUUGAAGGUUGAUCGGACGGCGGGGAGUUGCCAUCACGCGGGUUCGGAUAGCCUGCUCACGUGGGAGGCCUUUCGGAGGAUGAGGGAGAUAUACUUCGGGCAGGAUGGCGCGGAGAAGCACGCGGGCGUCGUCUAUGGACUGGAGGUCUUCUGAGAUAUUAAAUUACAUCUUUUAACGUAGGAAUAUGAUAUACUACCGUUCAUCUCGGUGCUUUUUUGUUAGAAAGGAAUAAAUAUUUUAUUUGAUUGAAAAUAUGCCUUUUUAAAUUUUAAUAUCUCCCUCAAAUUGCUCUCUCAAUAGACUACUCCACCGUACGAUAUUAGUUUGCAUGGGCUGCUGGUAGCCAGUCAAAAAGCAGGCCCCACAUAAUUUAAUAUAA